AUGAAGUUCAUUAAGCAGCUGUGGAGAUGUGUUUGUUUGGUCUUGAUCCUUAUGUUGGGGACUUGGUCUAGUGAAGCCACUUCUCAUAACCUCCAAGAUGCAUCAAUGUACGAAAGAUACGAACAAUGGAUGGUUCAUUAUGGACGUGAAUAUGAUGAUGUUAAUGAGAAGCAGAAGCGUUUUGAGAUAUUCAAGAAGAAUGUGGCAUACAUAGAAUCCUCUAAUAGCGAUGUAAACAAAUCUUACAAAUUAAGUGUUAAUCAAUUUGCAGACCAAACGAAUGAAGAAGUGAAAGCCUCAAGAAAUGGAUUCAAAGGGCGUGAAUACUCCACAAAGACUACUUCUUUCAAAUACGAAAACGUCACAGUAGUACCAUCUACCAUGGAUUGGAGAAGCAAAGGAGCUGUAACGCCCGUGAAAGACCAAGGCCAAUGUGGAAGCUGUUGGGCUUUUGCAGCAGUGGCAGCCGUUGAAGGAAUUACACAACUUACAACUAGUAAAUUAAUCUCUUUGUCAGAGCAAGAGGUGGUUGACUGCGACAUCAACGGCAAAGACCUAGGAUGUGGUGGUGGCUACCCUGACGGCGCCUUUGAGUUCAUCAAUCAAAACCAAGGGAUUAGCUCCGAGGCUAGUUACAACUACACAGGUGUGGACGGUAGAUGCAACACCCAAGCAACUCAUGCAGCCAAUAUAACUGGUUACGAAGAUGUGCCUGCAAGCAACGAGGAAGCCCUUCUUAAGGCUGUUGCCAAUCAACCUGUUUCUGUUUGCAUUGAUGCUGGAGAAAACGACUUCAUGAACUAUAAAAGUGGAGUCUUUACAGGAUCAUGUGGACUAGAAAUCGAUCAUUGCGUUACUGCGAUCGGUUACGGUGUCAGUGACGAUGGCAUAAAGUAUUGGUUACUGAAAAACUCAUGGGGAACGGAAUGGGGUGAAGAAGGGUACAUGAGGAUGCAAAGAGAUGUUUAUGCAAAAGAAGGUCUUUGUGGCGUAGCUAUGUUUGGAUCUUACCCCAUCGCAUAAAUAAAUUUGCCAUCAAACUAAAUAAAAUACCUAGCAGCUGCUAUGAUGCGUAUCAGCUUGUAAAACUUCGUAGUCCAUUAACAAACUACCAGUUUCUAUGACUUGGAAAACCAAGUUGUCGAGCUUCUUAAAGUUCAAUUUAAAUUAAAUUGAAUUGAAUCUAACCAAUUGUGCUUUAGGCAGAUUCUUCUGUCAUUUUCAUUACAACUCAUGACCUGGGCCAAUCUAGGUAAAAAGUCAAUAACUCCCAGGCUUCUUGUGUAUGAGCCUACUAACUCAACGGUAUUAAUGGCGCACUUGCAACAAUAAGAAAUACAAAUUUUUAGCCAGUCAACUUCCACUUGACUAAUAAGCUAGGCCUUCAAAGGAACCAUGCCCUAAUUUGCUGGCCUUUUUUUCCCUCCUCUCUGAAGCUGCAUCAUAAUCCAAUUACCAGACCUUCAAAAGGAACCACCAUGUGCGAUAACAUCAACUUGGACUCAGAAAGGCAAACACCAUUAAUAAUUUAACUACUUAUUAUUAUGCAAAAUCAUUAAAAAAAACAUCCAGCGUCAAACACAACUUGCAAUCCGAUAAAAGUACACAUGAUGAAAA